AUGGCUAAAGACUGGUCUCCUAGAUACCAACAGGAGUGUAUCUCCAUGCUUGCGGACCUAUGGAGGAGACAGCCCAGUGACAAUCCCUUUGGGACAGCGACGACAGGCUCCUCUGAGGCAGUCAUGCUUGCUGGGUUGGCCAUGAAACGUGCCUGCCAGGAGAGAAACGCAUGCUUUGAUCGACGACUGAAUGUGGUCGUUGGUUCCAACGCCCAUGCAUGCGUCUUCAAGUUUGCUGCAUACUUUGAGCUCGAAACAAGAGUUGUGCCUGUCACUGCUGGAAGUAACUAUGUGUUUGAUGCUGGAGAGCUGGAGGUUGGUGUCUUCCUUACUCUGGGAAGUACCUACACCGGCCACUACGAUCCAGUCCUGGAAGUGUCUAAGCAACUGGACGACUACGAGGCCCGAACUGGAAUCAGUUUGCCAAUUCAUGUGGAUGCUGCCAGCGGAGGGUUUGUCGCCCCUUUUACUCCUGGGGCUGAGGAUCUUGUCUGGUAA